AUCGAGGCCGAUGUAGAUUUUGCCUUAUCAAUUGUUGUUGUUGUCUGUUGACUUGUGUACUGUACUACUGUGAAAACUCAAAACUGAGUAGUUGACACUGUUGACAGUAUUGUUGUGUUCUGUUUUUUGCAAUAGGUAUAUUGUUUUGAGACUUAAUAUUUUUAUGCUAUUUUUCCAAUUAUGCCAUAUAAGUGCUGUGCUGAUGGAUGCAGUAGCAAGGACGGGGUUGUUGGUUCAACUACAAAAUUAUUUAGAUUUCCAAUCGAUGAGUUAAGGAGACAAAAAUGGGUGCACUCUAUCCAAAGAGAUAACUUCAUUCCAACAAAAUUUUCACGCUUAUGCAGUCUCCAUUUUAAUAAAAGUGAAUUUGUUGAAGCCCCCGAAAAACUUAUAUUAAAAAAUACAGCUAUACCAUCCAAUUUCGAUUGUUCCAAAAAAGCAAUAAAAUGUUUAAGCAGCAACAAAUUUGAUCACAAUUAUAGUUCUUCAGUUUCUUCUUCAUCAAAUAUAAUUAAUAUAAUAACUACUUCUCCUAAUUUACCUAUUGAUUCUGGUGUUGAAAAUGCUGGGUGUAAUUAUGAAGUUGUCGAUCUGACUUUUAUUGGACCUAAAACAAAAAUGAAAAAUAAUAUUGACUAUUUGUAUUCACUGAAGACAGCUACUGGGCAAGAUCUGUGGAAAAGUAAAAGAAAAACAUUCAUAUUAGGUUUUGCUGCAUCCAUAAAAUCUACUAUAGCUAUAGCAAAGGAUUUGUUAAUAAAUCAACAUUUUAAAUUUAUUCUGACAUACAAAUUAAGCCAAGAUGCAAUAGAAAUUUUUUUUGGAUUUAUGAGAGGUCGAUUGGGUCAUAAUAAUAAUCCUACCUGUUUGCAAUUCAAACAUGCUCUAAAAAGUACUUUAUUGCACACUUCAAUAAGACUUAGCUCAGGAAACUGUACACUGAUGUCACCUCAUGAAGAUUCUCUUUUUUCAAUCAAAUGGAAAUAUAAAGCACCAGAACAAAAUUUAGAAAAUGAAUUUGAUAUUUCAUUGUUAGCAGAACAGUACAAUAAAUUAGAUUUUAAUAGCAUCACUAUUGAAAAUAUAUUAUAUUACAUAAGUGGAUAUAUUGUUAAAAAACUAAUCCCAACUUUGAAAUGUGAUGGUUGUAUUGAAGCUAUUACAGAUCCAUACAUUGAAAAUGAUCACGUUUAUCAAAAUAAUACCACACCAAAAUAUUUUACAAUUAUGAAAAACAGAGGCGGUUUGAAGUAUGCUUCUUAUGGGGUAUACAAAAUUGUUAAAUUGACAGAAACAUUAUUUAAAACCAUUAUGGUGGAUAAAAAACAAAUGUUUAUUAAAAAUAUGGAUUUAAAAAUUAUGAUAAAUGUCCAAAACUCACUGGCGACAGACACCACGCUAUUUCCAAAAUGUGAUGCUUGCUGGAAUUCAACAGAUUUAUUGGCAAGACCUCACAAAAUCGAUAUUAUAAACAAAGUAACCAGAACCUAUCUUAACGUGAGAUUAUAUUCUUACAGUAAAAUAAUAACAUCCUCGAUUAUGAAAACUGCUAGUAAAUGACAGAAACUCAGUAAAACCAUUUUAUUUUAUAACAUGUAAAAAUUGUUAACCUAUCUGAAUAAACUAUGUUAAAAAUUGUUAUUGAUAUUUAGAUACAAAAUUUGUUUAAAUAAGAAAAAUAACGUGCAAUAAAAAUUUGUUUUAUAAUUUAA